AGUAAAGCAAAUCUUUCAGAUCAGAAUCCAAUGGCGACCAGACGUGUUAGAAAUAUUUUAUUCUAUUCUAGAAAUUGUUUAAAUCCAGUUUUUACAUCAUUGAGACAAAGGAUUGUCAGUAAGAGUUACUUCACUUAUUCUCAAAAUCCUAAUCACUAUCCAAGAAAACAAAGUAAAUGGACUUCUGCGGAAGAAGCUGUCUCCGUAAUUAAAUCUGGUGAUAGAAUAUUUAUCGAUGGCCUAUAUUCUCUACCACAAAAGCUUAUUUCAACAUUUAUACAACAUGCCAAAGUUUCCAGACAAAAGAAACCCGUUACUUAUUCUCUUUUAAUUUACGGCGAUUUCAGUUAUUUGGAAUCAGAAUCUCCAGAUAUGUUCCGCUGCAUUGUACCCUUUGUUAGUCCGUUUCUCCGCCAUGUCGUAAAUACUGGAAAAGCUGAUUACAUGCCUAUUUUCCUCACGGAUUUCCCGAUGUACUUACAUCGACAACCUGUUGACGUUGCUUUAGUUCAAGUAACUCCACCGGACGAACGAGGUUUCUGUUCGUUAGGAGGCUCCGUGGGAUGCACUAGAGCAGCGGUCGAAACUGCCAAAUGUGUUAUAGCGCAAGUCAAUUCUAACCAACUUAAAACGUUUGGAGAUAGCCAAGUUCAUAUAAAUCGCUUCGAUUUCUUAGUGGAAGGGCAUCACGAGCUAAUAGAGGUGCCGUCCAAGCAAACUACAGAAAUGGAUUUAAAAAUAGGGAAAUUAAUUGCUGAUAAUUUGGUGGAUGAUGGUGCCACGUUUCAGAUAGGGAUUGGAUCGAUUCCUGACGCUGUUAUGACUUCACUUAGACAACAUCGCAAUUUGGGCGUUCACACCGAAAUGUUCGGCGAUGGACUCGUCGAUCUGUUUAACUCUGGAGCCAUUACUAAUCGAUACAAGACCGUUAUUCCGGGGAAGCUACUUACUAGUUAUAUUAUCGGAUCUAGAAAGCUUUAUGAUUUUCUACACAAUAAUAUAGACGUAGAGAUGAGGGAUAUCAGUUUCACUAACAACACGGGAGUGAUCGCUUCCAAUCACAAAAUGGUAGCCAUUAAUUCUUGCAUCGAGAUCGAUUUAGCCGGAGAAGUUGCAGCCGAUUGUAUUGGACCAUACAUAUAUUCGGGACUUGGAGGACAGACCGAUUUCUUAAGAGGAGCGGCUGAAAGUUUAGACCAAAAGGGAAAACCGAUACUAGUAUUAUAUUCUAGGACCAGUAAGGGAGAAGCCAAAAUAGUUCCUCAUCUAAAGCCUGGGUCGGCAGUUGUAUCCACGCGUGGCCACGUCCAUUACGUAGUUACAGAAUAUGGAAUUGCUAAUCUUUUCGGCAAGACUCUAAGACAGAGAGCUUACGAAUUAAUUCGAAUUGCUCAUCCCGACGACAGAGAGAGUUUAGAAAGAGCCGCAUUCGAUAGAUUUAAGUGUAUGCCUUCACCUUGAUCAAGAAUACCAGAUGAAGAAUAAUUGGCAAUAGAUUCUUUGUUGAAGAUAGACUAAAAUAUAUAUUUAUAAAAAUCUGCAACGUUAUUAUUAAUGGCAGAAAAAAUUUAUUUUAAAUCUUGCAUUUAUUUUUGAAUAUGUGUUUUGUAGUGAUAAACAAAAACGAAUGACAUAAAUCGGAAACAUUCGUACAAAUGCACGGUUAUCCAUCAAAAGUCUUCUAAUGGAUCUUGUUAAGACAUUAGAGGAACUACCUUAUAUAACAGAAUGGAAAAUAGAGAUAUUAGCGUGAUUGAAAUUUCAAUUAAUGCAUUUGUUACAGCUCUGUGCUUUGCCCAUUUAUAAGUGUAAUUGUUUGUAGAAUAAAUA